AUGCGCGAGAACGUCAAGUAUGGUACCUGGAACGACUACUGGGAAGACAAGAAGCCGAAGCUCCGCAACAUUACUAUUCCGAUACACUGCAAAAGGUUGCGCUGGACUGAAACUCAAGAAUGGCACGACAUUUACCAGCAGGAGAAUCUCGAUGACUUGCAGCGAUUCUUCGACAAGUACAUGCUGGAUCAAAACAAUGGCUGGGAGACUACGCCCAGGAUCCGAUACUCGCUGCUUGCGAAGUUCAGGUACGAAACCUUGUUCCUUGAUGCGACGAAUGGAUCUCUGGAGCACCGGAAGCCCUCGUCUGAGAGCGUGGUUGAGUAUCAAGCGGAUUCGCCUUCUGACGAUGGAUGCUCGCUCGUCCACACCUUCGAGGAGUACACCGAGCUCUGUGGUGUAUCGAAGGCCAAAGUGUACAUGUCAACAAUUGGUCAUGACGAUAUGGAUGUCUACGUUAUGCUACGCAAGCUCGACAAGAAUGGCAAAGGAUUGUGGCACCAGUAUAAUACCAUGGAAGACCUCCCAAAGGGCGCGACAGUGGGCGAUAUUCCUAAUGAAAACAUUUGGCGCUACAUUGGACCCAACGGUCGUCUUCGUGCAUCGCGUCGCGCCAUCGCAAACGAGGCGCUCGAGGGCCUUGAUAAAGACACAUAUAAGGAGCUAAUGGGACCCGCGUACGUGUAUCAUCCACCUACAGCACCGCAAGCAUUACGCCGCGGAGAAGUUGUCGAGCUUGAGAUUAGUCUCUGGGCUGGGGGUAUGAUAUUCGUAGAUCUUCCUCAUGGUCUGACAAUGUGA